AUGAAUGAUUCUAAACCAAGAAGUAAAGAUCCUUUGAAUACUACUUGGCUUUAUCUGGAGGACGGAUCUCAUAAUGACAAGAACUGGUUGAUUGAACAUGAAGAGGAAGUUAUCAGUGAGUGUCGCGAGCAGCCCGAAGAUGGAAAAGUUCCGUUUUUUAAGAACCUUCUAGGCGUAACAAAUGAUCAAAUUUAUGACGAAGAGUUGGAAACUUUGCGUAAAACUUUCGAUGAGCUAUUUCCAGAUAUCGAAAAUGAUCAUAGCGAGACCUUUCACAUGGAGGACCUUUCACUUGUGUUCCUUUGA